AUGCCCAACCAGCGGACAAAAACAUCGUUCUCGUUCCGCGCGCUUUUCGGCCUCCGCCGCAAGCAAAAAAACACCAAACUGCGCGACGACAACGAAGCGUCCUCGGUGGAGACACCCGCGUCGACGCCGGCGUCGACCCCCCAGAGCAGCUUGGACUCGGCGUUUCACGAGCCGGUGGUGAUGGAGAAGACUCCCGUGCCCGUGCAGAUCCCGAUCGCGUACUACUACAGCCCGACGACGUACGUUGGCGGAAAGAAGGUGCCGUUCACGCGCCUGCACGCCAAGCAGAACCGCCGUCGGCUCAUCAUUUACGAACGCAUUCACGAAGACCGCGCGUUCCUUGUCAACUGGCGAGGCGACUGA